AUGACGGCGGUGGAGCCAGUAGUCGUCGUCCUCGUCCUCGUCGCUCGAGCAAUCAAUGACAGCAGGCUGCUUACUGCGAGGAAAGAAACACCAUCGAGCCCGGCACAGAAUGUGCCGUUUCUUCGCCCGAGAACCGUGCUCACCCGACAGAAUGAGGUUUUUAUUUUCAGCGCAAGUUCUCCGAAGAAAGAAUUGCACGUCGCUGUACGCUUCAUCAGCCUGACUCAGCAAUCCGAUUCUUCCGAAAGGCGGGGUAUCCAUAGGAAAUCUGGCCCGCCAUUUGAUUUCGAUCGCGGCCAGUUUUUACCUCAUCAGCCUCCGUUCGCUGACGAAAGACCAACCGACUUGUCGCAUAGACUCGGUCGCGCUGAGUUAUUGAACUUGGUGCCUCGGCUCUGCUCGGUCGAGGAUCUCUGCACGUAG